AUAUAUAAACAAAUUCUACAUUAGUCCUGCAGAGCUACAACUGAUCCAAAAGCAUAGCUCGUAGUUCUGAAGAAGCUAUGGCAAUUAAGUGGUUGAGCUUUUACAUACCUUUGAUGUGGUCGUGCUUGUGCUCCUUCAAGUUCAACCCAGCCACUUGCUUGCAAAAUGAGACUGAUCGACUUGCUUUGAUCUCCUUCAAAAAAGCCAUACUUCAAGACAGAUUUCAAGUCUUGAAUUCUUGGAAUGAUUCGUUGCACCACUGCAAUUGGCAUGGCGUUUCAUGUGGUAGGCGGCAUCCUGACAGGGUCGUGGCCUUGAACCUCAACUCUCAAGACUUGGUGGGAUCACUGUCACCUUAUGUAGGAAAUCUCUCAUUUCUCAGGCUAAUGAAUUUCCAAAAUAAUAGCUUCCAUGGCCAAAUCCCACAGGAGAUUGGUCGACUGCGCCGCCUACGAUAUUUAAUCCUCAGCAAUAAUUCAUUCCAAGGUAAUAUACCCACCAACUUAUCUCAUUGUUCAAACCUCAAGUUUCUUGAUCUCAUUGACAACAGGCUGGUGGGGAACAUCCCUGCCGAGCUUGACUCUUUACGAAAACUCGGAGCUCUAGGAUUGGGCAGAAAUAAACUUACAGGAAGUAUUCCACCCUCCAUUGGGAAUCUCUCAUCCCUAUGGCAAAUCUUUCUAGGAGAAAAUGAUUUGAAAGGACAGAUUCCAGAGGAAAUCUCUCGUCUUGGGAACUUAGAAAAUUUGGCGUUUACAGAUAUUAAUGUAACUGGCGAGAUUCCUCCUGGUCUCUUCAACAUCUCCAGCAUUUCCGAAAUAUCAGUGGACAAUAACCAACUGCAUGGAAGACUCCCUUCGGAUAUAGGCCUCACUCUUCCAAAUCUGAGAGCCCUUAGAUUUUCAGACAAUAGAUUUACUGGACCCAUCCCAAUUUCAUUGUCAAAUGCAUCUGCCCUUAAAGAAAUUUCCAUUCAGUCUAAUAGAUUUUCUGGCUUAGUUCCCAAAGAAUUCGGAAUGCUGCAGCAUCUUAUGUAUCUUGAAUUUGCCCAGAAUCAACUGCAAGAUGACUUGAGUUUGUUUAAUUCUUUAACUAAUUGCACCAUUUUGACAUAUAUCGAUUUGUCAUCAAAUUUUCUCAAAGGAACCCUGCCCAAUUCCGUGGCCAAUCUCUCCAAACACGUGCAGGUUUUAUCUCUGUCCGAAAAUCAGCUACAUAACGCGAUUCCCUUGGGUAUUGUGAACCUCCCUAAUCUGAGAUUCUUCGAUCUUAGCAGUAAUUAUCUCACUGGCCCUGUGCUUGUUGAUUUUGAGAAACUUGGACGUUUGGAAUAUUUGGUUUUGGAGAAUAACAAGUUCACAGGAAUAAUUCCAUCUUCAAUUAGAUAUUUAUCUUUUCUGAGUUUUGUCUUCAUGAAGUUCAACAAUUUCAAUGGAAGCAUACCCGCAAGUCUUGCAACCUGUCGUAACUUGAUCGUGUUGGAUCUCUCUCAUAAUAGUCUCAGUGGUUCCAUACCUCCAGAGGUUAUCGGCCUUCAAUCCCUUUCAAUAUUACUCGAUUUAUCUGGUAAUGGACUCACUGGUCCUGUACCAUCAGAAAUCGGUUUGCUGCAAAAUCUAGCACAGUUGGAUUUAUCUGAUAAUAGAUUAUUUGGAAUUGUUCCAAGCACAAUUGGCAAGUGUUCGAGUUUAGAACUGCUUCGCCUGCAGGGAAAUUCAUUUGAUGGAGAGAUACCUCAGGUUUUAUCUGCUUUACAGGGUUUACUAGAGCUGGACAUUUCACGCAACAAUUUUUCAGGGGGAAUUCCAGAUUCUUUAACUCAGCUACGAGGGCUGAAGUAUUUGAAUCUGUCUUUUAAUCAACUUCACGGUAUGGUUCCAAAACGCGGAAUCUUUCUAAAUGCAAGUGCUGUUUCUUUGAUGGGAAACAAUGAUCUAUGUGGAGGUAUCACUGAAAUGAAGCUUCCUUCCUGCCUUAUCACAAACUCCAAGAAAAACAACCUCUCCCUUGCACUGAAAGUGACAAUCCCAGUUGUUGUUGCAGCUAUAUUUUUCGGUCUGUUGGUGUGUUCCUUAAUUUUCUGGCAUCGGAAAAGAAUUUCCAGAAAGAAGAAUAUUUCCAUGCCAUCAUUUGAGCAUCAGUUUCUGAGAAUAUCCUAUGCAGAACUCCUAAAAGCCACAGACGGAUUCUCUUUGGCCAAUAUAAUUGGUGUGGGAAGCUAUGGAUCUGUUUAUAAAGGAUUUCUUGAGCAAGUAGGCAUAGAAGUGGCGGUCAAAGUGCUAAACCUGCAAAGAAGAGGAGCUUCAAAUAGUUUCAUGUCUGAAUGCCAAGCUCUUAGAACCAUCAGGCAUCGAAAUCUUCUGAAGCUAUUGAGCGUCUGCUCUAGCAUUGACUUUGAAGGCUAUGAUUUCAAAGCUCUGAUAUAUGAAUUCAUGGUGAAUGGGAACCUGGAGAAAUGGCUGCAUGGUCGCAAUGUAGGAGAAGAUGGACAAGAAGGAGAAUCAGGAAAUCUGAAACUAAUAGACAGACUAAACAUUGCCAUUGAUAUUGCAACUGCAAUAGAGUAUCUUCACAAUGGUAGCUCAUCAACAAUUAUACAUGGUGAUCUGAAGCCAAGUAAUGUUCUUCUAGAUGAGGAGAUGACCGCCCAUAUUGGAGAUUUUGGCCUGGCUAAGAUUGUCUCAUCAAUUUCUGGUGAGGUCCAUCGGUAUCAAAGCAGUUCUACAGCAAUCAAGGGAUCUAUUGGCUAUGUUGCUCCAGAGUAUGGGUUGGGCGAUCCUGUUUCUAAAGAAGGGGAUGUAUAUAGCUAUGCGAUUCUUCUAUUGGAGAUGUUUACUGGAAAGAAGCCAAUUGAUGAAUCUUUUAAAGAUGAUCUAAAUCUUCAUACUUUUGUUGAAACAAAUUUGCCUGAUAGAGUGAUGGAGAUUGUGGAUCCAAGAAUUGCAUUUGAAGAUGGAGGAGGGAGUUUCAAAGAUUGCAUCCUCUCUGUAAUGAGAAUUGGAGUUGCAUGUUCAGUGGAACAACCAGGAGAAAGAAUGAAAAUGAGAGAUGUAAUAAGUGAAUUGAUAAAGAUCAGGUGCUCUUAUCUCAAGGAAAGUCUGAAUCAGGGGUGAAGAAACGCACACCAGAGUUCCAAGCACCUCUCGCAUUUAAUUUAGUAGCUUAAUUUUGCAAUUCCAAACUACGAACUUAAACUAUGUGUGUGCUGAACAACUUAUGCUUUUGCUUAUUUUCAGGAAAUGUUUUGUAUAAGUGAAUACAAUAAAAUUUUAUGAUGUGUUUUGUGAUUAGACAUAAGAAAAUUUAUUUAAUUUUCAUUGAAAUUAUUUGAA